AUGUCCUACCACCACCACCCGCGCGCCUCCUCGCUCCUCCCGACCGAAUCACACCAUUCCUCCGGCUUCACCCCCUCGAUGCAGCGGCUGAUGGACAAGCAACGCGAAUACGAGGCCUUUUACAAGAUCCAUCAGCAGUCGCAACAGUUGCUUGAUUUUUUGAGCCAGUUCAGUGAUCAGUAUAUGGUAUUGGAUGGGGGCAGUGAAGGUCAGUCACGGGUUCAGUGGUGACGAUCAAUGACACGUGGCUGGUUGGGGGUCCCACGUGAUCACGCGACGCGACGUGUGGGCAAAGGAGCGGCACGCCCUGACUUUGGUGUGCUCCUCACUAUCGUUCUCUUCCCAGCCGUCGGGGACGUCGUCGAACAUUGGCAGACCGCCUUCAGGGCGACACACUUGGCCUUAGGUAAGGUCGACUCCUCCCGAAAUCUCCUCCCCGAUCGCUUCAUCCGAUAAGCCCCUAACCCUUCAAACACUUCCCCUCCCUUCACACAGCCUCGUUGGAACAACAACGCAAAGAAGCCGAAGCGAAUGAAACCUCGACACAUAAUCUCCUCCCCGAACGAUUGGUCAGGAUACCCGUCGCGACUCCGAACGAAGUGGUUGAUCCAGCCGCGGCGUCGUACAACCCUGCGGAAAGCUCAUCAUAG